UAUAUUUGUGUUAGCAAAAAAAAAAUGCAAAUGCUGUCGAAGUUAUUACAAUACUGGUUACUAUUUUCGACUUUUCUCGUGUUGUUGUGGCCGGGACAGUUCUGUCUCGGCUUCAGACACAAGCACACGAGAAGCCGGCAUUCGAACGCAACCACCGGAGGUCUCCACUGGUCCUCCGCCGGAGCAACCUGGUACGGCAGCCCCGACGGUGCCGGAAGUGAUGGAGGGGCGUGUGGAUAUGGAAACCUCGUAUCCAAAUCUCCAUUUUUGUCGAUGGUCACCGGAAUCGGUCCGUCUCUCUACAAAUCCGGCAAGGAAUGCGGCGCUUGCUAUAUGGUGAAAUGCACAAGGCAUCGGUCGUGUUCUAGGAAAGCCGUUCGAGUUGUAAUAACGGACUUUUGUCCCGGAGGUUUGUGCCUGUCGGACACCGCACAUUUCGACCUUAGUGGGACUGCCUUCGGCGCUAUGGCCAUUCCCGGCCAGGAGGGCAACCUCCGCGACGCCGGUGUCCUACAAAUUCGAUUUGCACGCGUUCCAUGCGACUACUCGGGCAAGAACGUCGUCUUCCACGUGGACCAGGGUUCGAACCCUAACUACAUCGCGGUGCUGAUCGAGUUCGAAGAAGGAGACGGAGACCUAUCCGGAGUCGAUCUGCAACAAGCGUCGGACGGACCGGGAAAAUGGUGGCAGAUGAACCAAUCGUGGGGCGCCAUCUGGCAGCUGAACCCGGGGUCGGAGCUCCGGCCUCCGCUGUCUAUCCGGCUGACGUCAGCGUACUCGGACAAAAUCCUAGUUGCCAAAAAUGUGAUCCCUGUUGGCUGGAAGCCUAAUGGCACUUACAGAUCUCUAGUUAAUUUCCUUAGUUAAAUUUGCUAAUAUAUUAAUAUAUAUAUAUAUAUUUUUUAUUUUUUUUUUUUGUAAGAAUUAAGUUGUGUGGGCUUCCAAUGCAAAUUUGGUUUCAAAUUUUGCAUAAGGGAUGCUUUAAUUUAUCUAUAGUUAGUGUUUGAUGAGGUUUGGAAGUAAUUCUUGUUUGUUUGUGUUUGGAAUGUUUUGAAUUUGGUAAUUAUUUUAGUGGAAUAGAA